GUCGUAGCUGAACAAAGAGGUGUAACGUGGGGGUAUACGACUUGGGGCCCCGGACCGUCGGGCCCCGGGUGGCGAAGGCGAAAGUGUGCCGCGUAUAUAAGGCCAGGAACCGACGGCAAUCAGCAUCCAGUUCACUCCUGGACGCACCCGGAACAUCGCAAGAGCAAAAAUGAGAAUCCUGGUUUACGUGGCAGUCGCCGCCCUUGUGGUUGCGACAGCAUGGUCGGAGGAGGCGAAAGCGAGCGAGAAGUCGGUGGAGGCGAAGUCCGGAAUCGAGAAGAAGCAGGAGAAGCGCGGUCUGCUCGGCCUUGGCUACGGCUACAGCUAUGACGGCGGAUACGGCAUCGGAUCCGGCGGGCACGUCGGUCUCGAUGUGGGCCACAUCCACGGAUACGGUGGAUACGGUGGAUACGGUGGAUACGGUGGAUACGGCGGACUCGGAUACAUCGACGGCGGCCAUCAUCAUCACGAUCACUUGAAGACCCUGACCGUGGUGAAGAGCGUUCCCGUACCGUACCCCGUGGAGAAACACGUACCCUACCCGGUAGAGAAACCCGUACCGGUCCCGGUCAAAGUGCCCGUACCGCAGCCGUACCCAGUUGAGAAGCGUGUGCCUUACCCGGUCAAGGUUCUCGUAAAGGUGCCCGUUCACGUGCCCCAGCCGUACCCAGUAGAGAAGAAGGUACCCUACCCAGUGCACGUACCCGUCGACCGUCCCGUCCCAGUCAAGGUCUUCGUGCCGCAGCCUUAUCCCGUAGAGAAGCACAUCCACGUUCCCGUCAAAGUACCAGUGCCGCAGCCGUACCCCGUUGAGAAACCAGUUCCGGUACCGGUGAAAGUACCAGUCCACGUACCUCAGCCAUACCCAGUUGAGAAGUUGGUGCCGUACCCCGUCAAAGUCCCAGUCGACCGUCCCAUCCACGUGCCCGUGCCCAAGCCCUACCCCGUGCACAUUGAGAAGCCCGUACCUUACCCAGUCGAGAAGCCAGUGCCCUACCCCGUGAAGGUCCCAGUUGACAGGCCAUACCCCGUCCACAUCGAGAAGCCCGUGCCAGUACCCGUGAAGGUACCAGUGCCGCAGCCGUACCCAGUCGAGAAGCCGGUGCCGUACCCAGUCGAGAAGCCCGUGCCGGUGGCAGUCAAGAUCCCCGUGGACAGGCCAUACCCCGUCCCAGUCGAGAAGCCUGUGCCCUACCCGGUCGAGAAGCCUGUACCAUACCCAAUUAAAGUGCCGGUAGCUGUGCCCGUGCACCAUGAGCACCAUGUUAAAGUGCCGAUCACUAUACCCGUGCACCAUGGACAUGAUAUUCAUGAGCAUGCGCACGGCGGCUACAUCGACGGUGGAUACAGCGCCGGCGGAUACAGCGCCGGCGGAUACAGCGGCGGAUACGGCGGCGGAUACGGCGGCGGAUACGGCGGCGGAUACGGCGGUGGAUACGACGGCGGAUACGACGGUGGCUACGCCGGUCAUCAUCAUCAUCAUUAAUGCCACAACCCCGACUGGUUCUUCGUCGUCGAGAGAAAACGAAAGUCCACCGCGAUGACGAACAACCACGGUCGCCGAGGACCUUGUCGAUAUACUCUUAGGACACGAGGAACCGAUUCGAAAACGUUGUCGUGCAGCGCCACGAGGAUACCCGCCACUUAGUACCUGGAUCGGAUCGGGGACGAUCUCCGGUAGACGAUCGCGUACCGGACGUCCGUACCUCGAUCACCGAUCGCAACGAGGGCGCGGCACGGCGACGUGUGCCACCAGUUAGGAAGAACGAAUGAUCAGUAGGGAUGUAUUUGUCUUUAGCGAUCUUCGCUCGAGAACAACUCGCUUGUCUUACUUUUAUACCGAUAUUAGCAAAGUAUG